AUUCACUCAUGGUCUUGUAGGAAGCUACUUGGAUUCUUAAUAUAGGUUGAUUGCCAUGAUCUUUGAGUCAGGAUACAAGUUCUCCCAUCUUUUCACUUAAGGACACACUAUAAUUUUGGGAACUCCAUCAACUCCAAACUUUUGAAAGGUUGUAUCAACAGGGGUGCCUCUUUUGCAGUCUUGUUUGUGGAAACAUAUGCACCAUGCACCAAAUAUUUGAAUGGACAACUAUAUAUGUCCUUCUGCUGCUUUUAGGUGCAUACACCAAUGUUUGAGUAGACAACCACAUCUAUACCUUUUUUGUUUUAAGCAUUCUCUCACAUAACGUUUCUACGAGCACUUUAGGUAUUUAAGUUUUUAGUAGGGAUUGCAAUGGAGAACAAACCCUGGUCUCUGGAAAACCAUGGGCACAUUUGUAGGACACUUAGUUCCUGGUUUAGCUCUCACCCUUCUUGGUUUAUGGCACACCAUAAACACCAUUAGAGCCUAUGCUCUCAAAGGCUCCACUAACUUCACAGUGAAGUUCUGGUAUCCAUUCAACAGCCCUUUUCCCAAUCUCAAGUACUUGGAGCUCAUCUUCAUAUUGUUUUUCUCUAUCUUUGCAAUUUUCAUGCAAGUUCUAGACUUUCCCUUCAUUCGCCUCUCUUUUGAGCUCGACAAUUUUGAGCAUGCAUCCAUGUUCCUUCACCUUGCCAUAUUUGCUGGUUUUACCCUUUCUGCAGAAUUAACUCAUUCACUUGAGGGACUAUCUGGGGUUUCUGGUAUCCUUGCAGCCUCUGUUUUUGGUCAAGAACUUUUCUUGCUCCAUUUCCAUUCAACUGAUCAUGUUGGACUUGAAGGUCACUAUCAUUGGCUGUUGCAGCUCAUAGUGUUGGUCUCCCUUGUAGCAGCUUUGGCAGCAACUAGUUUUCCCACCAGCUUUCCUGCAGCUCUUGUUCUUUCUACUGCAGUUGUAUUUCAAGGAUGUUGGUUUAUGAACAUGGGGUUUAUGUUAUGGGUUCCUGAGUUUGUUCCAAAGGGUUGCAAAGUUCAGUUGACCUCCAGCAGUGAUAGCAUGCAUGGCGCAGUUGCUUGUGGGUCGCAUGAUGCAGAUUUGAGGGCAAGAGCACUGGCCAACAUGCAGUUCAGUUGGAUACUAUCUGGAAUUUUGAUGUUUGUGGGAUCUCUCUGCCUGAAAUUAGUUGGCAAAUGCAGCUCAAAGGCUGGGUCCAUUGAAUAUGAGCAACUUCACAGUGGAGUUCCAAAUGUCCCAAUAGCCAUUGAUGGCUUCAAGGAAGCUCAGACAUGAGAUGCUGUAGACGUGUCAACAUGUAAAAACUGAUGUCCACUUUAAAGGGCAUUUAGAGCACUUAUGUUGCUAGUAAUGUCGGAUUUCAAUCUUCUGUCAAUGAUAUAUAUAUAUAUACCUUUGAUUCUACCGUUUGAACUUGCAAGAA